AUGCCAUCGCAAGUGGCCGAGGCGGUCGUCGCCCACCCCACGCACGACACGACGCCGAGCUUCGAGCAGCUGCGCGACGCGCUCCUGGACCUGUCUGAGCCCGUGGGUAAGCGCACACGCGCCAUCUUUUACCUGCGCUCGCGCGGUCGCCUGGCGGACCUGCAGGUGUUACUGACGGCACUGCUGAACCGCAACGACUCGGAGCUGGUGCGUCACGAAUUGGCGUAUGUGAUUGGUCAGCUCCAGAUGACGGAAGCCUGUGACACGCUCGAGCACGUGCUGGCAGACGAGACGGACGACGGCAUGGUGCGGCACGAGGCGGCAGAGGCGCUCGGGGCCAUUGGGGCCGAGCGGUCGCUCGCGGUACUUCAGCAGUACAGCGCCGACGCGGUGGCUGAAGUAGCGGAAACGUGCAAACUGGCGGCCAAAUUGAUCGAGUACAAACGGGCCAAAGCCAGUGGCGAGAUCAGCGAGCGCGAGGUGGACCGCAAUCCGUACUUAAGCGAGGACCCCGCCCCGGCCGCGGAAACGAGCGUUUCGACGGCGGCGCUGCGCGCGAUUCUAUUGGACCACUCGGGCGAUCUGUUUGCGAAGUACCGCGCGAUGUUUUCCUUGCGGAAUCGGAAUACAGAGGAAGCGGCACUGGCUCUCGCGGAUGCGUUCACGGACCCGAGUGAUCUGUUCAAGCACGAGGUGGCGUACGUGAUGGGUCAGAUGGAGAACCCAGUGGCUGUGCCGGCGCUGAAGAAGGUGCUGCUGGAUGAGACGCAACACCGCAUGGUGCGGCACGAGGCAGCUGAGGCACUGGGAGCGAUUGGUACGGCCGAGUGCGAAGCGAUCCUGACGGACCACCUCCGAGAUACCGUUCCCGUCGUGCGCGAGAGUUGCGCCGUUGCACUGGACAUUUUAGACUAUUGGGCACCUACGAAGUAG